AUGACAGCAACUACAUUGCUAAAGGAAGAGAGUCCUUCAUGCAGCUCAGAAAAGUGUGAACAACCAGAUUGUAAAGAAGAUGGAAAUCCCCAAAGCAUUCAGGCACAAUUAAAAGGAGAAGAAAUGGGUUUUUUGGACGACUUCAGUGAUGAUGAUAUUCUGGAGACUUCUGUGAAAAAAAGUGACAGAAGGAAGUCAUGCAAUGCAAAUAAUUUAAUGGUUACAAAAGGACAGCUUUCGUUAAUGCAGUGUGGAUUCUCUAAGCUGUUGCAGAGAGAAAUUGAAACCACCAAAGAAGGGGACAAUAACUGUCAUUCAAGUUCUAAGGAUCACACUGUAAGAAAAAAAGUAGAUAGCAAGAACGCUGAUUUUCAAAAAUGUCGAACCAGUGUGCCUAUCUUGGAGCAUGGGAAAGCUGUUCUGUCACCAGAUGGAACUGAUAAACAAGAUAUGCACAGUACAGACUGGCUUGGUUUAUCAGGCUCUGAGGAGGAAGGGGACAGAAAAAAUGAGGGUCAAGGCAUUUCAAAGCAAUGUGAUACAGUCAUGGAAACUGAAAGUAGUUCUGAAGAGGAURAUGAUGAUGUCAUCUUUCCUACCCAAGGUCAAGUAUGCCAGCAAACAGUGCUUACUAAAGAAGUUGAAAUACACAGGUCAACAUCUGAAAAUCUUGAAGAGUUAGCAAAAGAAAAAGCUGGGUUUGUAUUUAAGGGAAACAGUAGGCAAUUUGGUGUCCACAGUACUGAGUCAAAUUUCAGCAAUGCCAUGUCUUUUGAAGACAUUAAGAAUAACACAAAUUUGAAAGGAGCAAGUGACAUAAGUGAUGAGUCUGAUGAUAUUGAAUUUUCCCAUAAUUCUGAAUCAAGAAAGCUAGGAACUUUGAACUUUCCAAGGUGGAAGGAAAGAUGUGCCCUUAACAAUGAACUAGAUAAUGUCUCUAAAUCUCUCCAACAAGCAAAGAAGCGCAGUAGAAAAGGAAAGAAAAGUGGUUCUCAGAAUAUAGAUGAAUUCUCAUCCUCUGAAGAUAACUCUCCAGUUGAGAAAAUUCAUGCCAGAAAGCAAAACUAUAAGUGUAAACGACUGAGAGGCAGAGUUCAGUUUGGUUCUAAAACGGUGUAUCCUAUUCAAGAUACCUCUACACAAAUGAAAUAUAGCAAUUAUGCUACGCAUAAGAAUUGUACAAGUAAAAUGGAAUUUGAGCAUCAAGAGCGAAAAAUGGAAUCAAUGGACAGAUAUUUAGCUACAGAUACUUCGAAACAUCUUUGUCUAUCUGAAAAUAAUCACACUGAAAUGGAAGUAGUAUGGAACUGUGAUAAAUCCAAGGUGACUUUUACACUAGCCAGCUUUGAAAGAGCUGGGAAUGAAACAGCACAGCACCCUCUGUGGGAUUUUUCUGUGAGAGAAAUGAAAAAUGAUGAAAGCCCAGAAGACAAUACUUCAGCGAAGGAAGUUAUUAAGGAAAGGCAAGAAAUGUUGAUGAACAGUAAGCAACAUCAUCUCUAUGUUAUGUAUCCUGUGACCCAGAGAAACAAARAAAUGCACAGAGUAGGUUCAACCACCUUCUUGAUUGGAAAGACACCCAAAGAAAUACGCAGGAGACAGUUUGAGGAAAUGGUAUCCCACUUUAAAAUGGGAUCAGUGAAAGACCUUGCAGAACAUAUUGCAAAAGCUACAUCAGAAACCAGACAGAAGAUGUUGAAGGAAUUCUAUGUUUCUAAGCAUCCAGAGAUAGAAUCUUUCUUCUCAGUUGAAAUACCAGCACAAGCUUCACGUGACUGUGAGGAAAGAGAAAUAGGUACAACACACUCCAGAAAAAGAAAAUCCAUUGUUAAUUUUGGAAUGUCCAAGUCUAGACCUUCAUCAGCUAAAGGACUACUUCUGAGUGGAACUGCAGAAACACAGACCCAGAAGAACCAUAAAGGAGAAGCAGAGAGGCUUCACAAUAACUCCUACUUGCAAGAUACGUUUGUUGAUGCAAGAUAUAAACAAUCACCUACUGCUGCUACUCAACAUAUCAAAAGAACAAACUGUCAGACAUUCAAAGAUGUUAUGGCAUCUGGCUCAUUAAGCAGUAAAUCAGAAAUAAUUGAGGUGCUGCCUGUAAAAAGUUGUGAGGGACAGCAAGACUUAAAAGGAACACAGCUGUCAAAAAAAAGAUCCCUGUCUCAGUCAGAAAAUGGAGAGAGAAAAGGUCAGAUUUACAAGAAAAAUUCUUUUGUGGACUUACUUGGAGAUACCUCUAUUCUUGAUGAUAUCUUCAGAAAUGAUGGAAAUCGGUCUACAGAUUUACCAAGGAGAUUCUCUUCAGGACAAGCAGAAAAAUCAAAGGGGAGAUCAAAGGGGAGACCAAAAGAUUUCUGGGAUAUGCUGAAUGAGCAGAAUGAGGAGAGCCUAAGAAAGCUCACAGACAUAGCAGUCAUAGAGCAACUUUGUGAAAAAGCCCCUCAUUCCACAGKGACAGAAGAGAAAGAAGUGUGUGAAAGUUCUCUUUGGAAAAAAAAUGAAAAUUUUCUAUGGAAAAAAUACAGUGCAGAUGAUUGAGAUGAGCCAUCCACUACUAGAUCUUGUAAUGUAGUAAAAUGA